CAGAAUAUUAACAGUGGCAGUGAGGGGCUGAAGACGUACAUGCUUUUGGUGUCUUUAAUAUGGUUCACACGUGUGUGGUGGCAGGUUGUCGGAACAGGAGGACUCCCGGCACCGCCUUAUCCUUCUACAGGUUCCCGCGGGACCCGGAGAGAAAGCAGCGCUGGAUCGCUGCUGUGAAUCGUGAGGGCUGGAUGCCAAAUGAGGGCAGCAGACUCUGCAGCACUCACUUCAUUUCAGGUAGACAAGUGAAGAAUCCUAGGUCUCCAGACUAUGUUCCUUCGGUUUUCACCUCUGCUCCCCUCUCCUCAAAUAUAAAAGAACCCAAUCACUUUGAGCCUUAUGACAAACAAGAAGCACAAGUGGAGGCUGCCAAUGCAUUGCUUUUCCUACAAGGCCAGGCACGUUUGAAUGCAGACCUUAGCCAUAACCACUGUCAAGGAGAUCUUGAAAGUGCAACCUCCUCCCUAAACAGUGAUGACGAAGAGGAUGAUGAUGACAAUGAUGACGACGACGACGACGACGAUGAUGAUGAAGUAGAGGAAGAAAGUCUAACGGAAACUGAAGACCGGAACAAAGAGAUGCCACUCAGAAACAGUUCCACACAGUUAGUUAACUAUGAGGCCAGUCUCAAUGCCCUGAAAAAGGAGAACAUGGAACUAAGGGAAUCGUUAGAGAAGAUGUCUCUCACUGAAGCCUCUUUCAGGAAUGAUCCAGAAAAAGUUCAGUUCUAUACCGGAUUGCCAAACUAUUUUGUGUUUGAGACAGUAAUGUGGCUGCUCGUGCCCCACAUGAAGGGGGACAGAAAUGCCAAGCUUUCAAAGUUCCAACAGUUACUUCUGACAUUAAUGAGACUUCGACUUGAUCUUAGGAAUCAGGACUUGGCCUACCGCUUUGGAGUUAAAGUUACCACGGUAACCAGAACUGUUCAUCGAAUCAUCAACAUAAUGUUUACCACUCUUGUACCCACUGCUGUGUAUUGGCCAUCUAGAGUGGAACUCCGGAAAAACCUUCCUGCAGCUGUGAAGUGCUCACAUCCAGACUGUGCCGUGAUUAUAGACUGCUUUACGGUGUCCCUUGAAAAAGCAGUCAGUGUAGAUGUAAAUCCUCAAGGUGCCACAUCAACAGCAGAGAUGGUCACUCAGUCACCACACCCAGCUUCUGUCAGUGAGCUCAAAUAUGUGAUUGGUGUUGCCCCCCAAGGUGUUGUCAUGUUUGUCUCCAGGGGGUCACCUGGUAAUGUUAGCGACAAGACUCUAGUACAGAGUUGUGGUCUUCUUUGCAAACUCCUUCCUGGGGAUGUGGUACUAGCUGAGCGAGAUUUUGACAUUGGGGACUUGGUGGGCGCUCGCAGAGCUGAGCUCAAAAUCACUAGUAGUGAUCAUGGUGAGAUUGGCCGAAGUGACCAGAGUAUGAGAGAGCAGGCCUCACUGGUCACUGCAGAAAGAAUGAAUGUGUAUAAGCAUGUGGGGAGGGUCAUACAAAUGGUCAAAAAAAGAUACUCUAUGCUGACUGGACCUGUGGAGAGCCCUUUUACUGUCGUAGACCGUAGCUCGGAUGUGACCACUUUUGACAAGAUAGUACAGGUUGCCUGUGCCUUAAACAACCUGUGUAUUUCUGCUGUCCCACUAGAGUGAUUUGCAUCAUAGAGCAUGUGAAAUACCUGGAUGAUGGGUAAUGACACUGAAGGGAUUACACUUAAUAGGCCUUGUUAUGCUUGUAUUGCGCUCAUGCAUUUUUUCCAUAUAUUUCAAGCCUAUUAUUUUUUCAUACCCAGUUCAGUUGGUUCUAUUCACAUUAAGUCUCUCAGCAUCCUUUGAUAUAAUUACUUUAGGAGAAUGAAGGCUGCACAUGCUCCAGUUCUCCAGGGUGUCUUGUCAUUUUCCUUAUCAAAAAAAAAAGAAAAAUUACAACAUGGUGAACUGUAUGUUCUGUUCUCUGAAUCACAGACAACAAGGUGCAGCUGAGGGGCCCUCAAGUGGUGCAACCAUCCAGGUGUUGGCCCUAUCGUUAGGAGAUUGUGGGUUUGAUCCCAGGUGAUGCUAUAGCCAUCCGUGGCCGGGAGUCCAAGAGCACAAUUGGCCUUGCAUUCUCUCACCUCAUCACUAAGCGCAGAGGUAGCCAGUGCAGGUGUCUGUUAGCUGACACAACGGAAUUGGCAGUUAAUGUUCUUCAAGUGCGUUCAGCUGUCCACUGACGUUGCGUUAGAAAAGGUGCGGUGGCUGGCUUGUACCUGACCUCACAAAUGCUCUUUGUGAAUUCUUGAAUUUGUCAAUACUUUGGUUUGAAAUGGAACAUUCCAUGCAUACUUUGUUUUUAAUGUGUUGUAUCGAUGGUAAGAUCUUAUAACCCAACAUUACCUCCAUGCUACAGAACAAGCCCUUUAGUCAGAGAUGGUGUUAGCUGUCCUCAUGUCUUAGUGCCUUAGCCUAUACAAAGGCAAUACAGUGGUGUCAAAACAGCUGUUUUUUUGUGUAGGUCCAUUUUACUUGGACCUGACUGACAGUCUUGUCAUUCAACUGUAAUGACUAUUGGUUCUAUUGUUUCAUAACAAGUUGCCAUUCUGUGUUAGUGCCAUAAAGUUAUAAGACAAAGGCAUAAUAAGUUAUUAUUUUUUAUU